AGUCUCUGAAGUUGUGUUGCGGAGCGUGGAUGGUGAAACUCUCACAAGAUUCAUCGGAAUUUCCUCGGAACGGUGUUUUGUGUGUCUGUGUGUUCUAGAUGGGGUAAAUGAAAGUCAGAAGUUCUGUUUUAGUACGCGAUGGGCUGUAUGACCAGCAAACUGGUGCCCGAAGCGCCGAACGAUGGCCACCUUGUGAAGACAAUGUUGCCGGAUGGUAAAGCGACGACAGACAACAAACAACAUGUCCACUGUAAGCCGAAAGCGAACAAUCAAAACGAAGUGCCGCCCAGGCCGAACAAAAGAGUGGCCAAGUACAGGGCAAAAUUUGACCCUAAAGUCACAGCAAAGUAUGAUAUUAAAGCCCUGAUCGGCCGGGGCAGCUUUAGCCGAGUUGUUCGCGUGGAACACAGGGUAACAAAACAACCAUACGCGAUUAAAAUGAUUGACCGCAUCCAGGGUAAGGAGGUUUUCGAGUCGGAGUUGUGUGUGUUGCGGCGAGUUAGGCAUGCCUAUAUUAUACAGCUAGUCGAAGUGUUUGAAACCAGAGAUAAAGUGUACAUGGUGAUGGAGUUGGCAACCGGAGGUGAAUUAUUUGACAGAAUUAUAGCCAAGGGGAGUUUUACUGAAAAAGAUGCGACUCGGGUAUUAAAUAUGGUGUUGGAAGGAGUGCACUAUCUGCACAAUUUGGGUAUUACACAUAGAGAUUUGAAACCAGAGAAUUUACUCUACUACCAUCCUGGCCAUGAUUCUAAAAUAAUGAUCACAGAUUUUGGGCUAAGUGCUAGUCGGAAAGGCACUGAUAAUUAUAUGAGAACGACUUGUGGUACCCCUGAGUAUAUAGCCCCAGAGAUCCUUGCCCGCAAGCCUUAUACCUGUCAAGUGGACCUGUGGGCUGUAGGAGUUGUUACCUAUAUCUUACUCAGUGGCACCAUGCCUUUUGACGAUGAAAAUAGGUCCAGACUGUUUAGACUCAUUCUAAAGGCGAAAUACAGCUAUGCAGGAGAGCACUGGAAGGAUGUGUCAUUACUUGCCAAGGAUUUUAUUGACAAGCUAUUGUUGAUAGACCCCUCAGAGAGGAUGACCUCCGAUGUUGCACUUCGCCAUCCGUGGCUGGAGACAAACGCCGCCUCCUCGUCCAAUAAAAAUCUCCAUAGAACAAUCAGUCAGAAUCUGCUGCAGCGCCAGUCCUCUCGGGCAAACAGCACCAAGUCCGCGAAAUCUGCCAAAUCCACGCGCAGCAACAAGUCCAACAAGUCUGUCAAGUCACUGCGCUCAGACCAUCGCCACGUACAACCCGAGGAAAUCGAUGAAUUGCACAAAGACCCUGAAUUCCAGGCAGAGUUAUCCUCCCUUGGAUAAAGCUUUUCUGUUUUUAUUUUUCUUACAAUCAAAAAAAGUUGUAUAAAAUAAGUCAGAGGUUUUUUUAUCAUUGGUUGGAGGGUAACCAAACAAAGAUUUUCGUACUGUGAAAUCAACAGUUUUCGCCAGUAUGCCAUUCAGAAUACUUGAGAACUCACUAUCAGGGGACCGACCACGCAGCAGAGUUAAAGAAGAGUGUGUUUGGCUGCGGGUCAUUGUGGAGUUCUACCCAAUUCAGAAAUGCGCAAUGUCAACUUCAGUGAUUGGCUCGUAAAGAAGAAAACUCAGUGACAUGGUGUCAGCAGUUUUCACUGGUGUUCCGGGCACAUGUUGGAGAACUCCUGAACUGAGGACAGACCGAUUAGCAGAAUUGCGGAGGCCUUAAUAACUUGACAGUGUUUGUGCUGUGGGGGACAUGCAUGAUGUCUCAUGUUGUGUGCAGCCACAGCUUGUGCGCUGUGACACUGGGUUGCAGGACAAUUACUCGACGUAUGAUUAUCAUUAUUACAAAGAUGACAUAAAACAGGGGAUAUUUGUAAAUGUUACCAUUUGUAUAUAUCUGUCUCUACCCCAACCCCAAAGUUCUCCACCUAGAGAGCUGGGUGCCACAAUACCACCGCCUCCCAUAAUGGGGGGUAGUGUUCAGGGCAGCUUAUAGAAUAGAGCCUGUUCCUCUGUCUCAGUACCCACAGAGCCUGGCCAAGCACAGUUAGCUCUGGGUGGGCCCUAAGGAAACAAGGCUGCCCCACAGGUUGUUAUUAAGCUGCAGGUAUGUCUCUGCAUACGACCAUGCUUAAAAAGUUCUUUGUUUGGGUUAACACAAUGGUAUCGGGAUGGGGGGGUGGGGGGAGUGAUAAAGGGUUGGGACAGUAGGGAAUUUUUCUCUUCCUCCUCUUCUUUCCCUGUGCAAAUCCAUUUGCAUUCGGGUCAAACUAUUUUAAAGCAAAUCAUUGUGUGAAGGAUUUGCUGAUUUAUUUCUGAAGUCUAACCCUUUUACCCCCAACAAAGAUAUCUUCAAUACUGGCCAAGUGACAUUAGUGUUACAGUACGACAAUAGUCUUAGGGUUUGUUUUUUUUUCCCCUUUUCAUGUAUAUGUAUGUAUACUUGUAUGUAUAUUUUUACCUUCUACAGUAUCUGUCAAAAACACAGUGACAUACAUGUACAAGAGUUGUAGGCUUGAUUCUUCAAACUUUUGGAACUUAGGAUAUGGUGGUCUUUUACUCGAUUCCAACAUUCUUUAAUAACUCAUAAAAUAUAAGCACAUGAAUCUGCAUACUAAGAGAAAGAAGGAGAGUUAGUUCAAGGGAGAUAAUCUCAUCCGUUAAACAUCUCAAGUGUCUUUACAGCCGUGAUAGAAAUGUAAAUGUGUAUACAUGUACAUUAUAUUAUACACCAACCGUAAGUGGGAAGGUCUGUCAGCAACCUGCAGAUGGUCCUGGGUUUCUCCCCCGGCUCUGCCCAGUUUCCUCCCACCACAAUGCUGGCUGCCAUCGUAUAAGUGAAGUAUCCUUGAGUACGGCGUAAAACACGAAUCAAAUAAAUAAAUAUUAUACACGUGGUAACAAGGUCCAGAAAUGUGAACCCAGAAGUUUUUGUGGACAGACUUGCUAUGUUUACAUUUUUUGGUCUACAUACUGUUUAAAAGAUGUUGAUAGAUAUCUGCCUAUUGAGCUGCCUGGAAGAAACAAAUUCUAUUAUUUUUGUGACUGGUCUCUUUUCAAGUUGUUUUUGAUGUAAGGACAGAUGUAGGUGUAAAUGUACUUGUAGUUUUGCCUAAAGCCUCUGGGCAGUCUAUUAGUUUCAUAUUUGUCAGCUAAGUGCUGCGGAUAUGAUCAAUUUAGACUUGUUCAAGGAAGCCUGCAUUUGCUUCAUCAAGUAGAAAGUGCCUAUGUGCCAUCUAGACUAGUCCGUAAAAGUGGUUAAAUAUUGACUUAAUACUAGUGUAUUCGACACACCUACAUGUAUGUUAUAUGCUUAUAGGAAGACAUGUAAUUGAAGGCUGUCCAGCUCUGAUAAAGCCAGGCUGUUCAAUCUUAUGUGCCAUGAUUAUUUAUCUCCCCUGGAUGCAGACAUGCAUAUACCUGUAUUGAAUGUUUCUCAGCUAUGAUAAGACCUGGCAGUGAAAAAUUCUCCUUAAUUCUGAGACAGAAAACUUGACAUACACUCAUCAGCUGGUCUGAUGUGCCGUUAAUUAUUUAAACGAAUUAAAUUCUGAUAUUUUCAUUGGUUGUAUCAGGUCUGAUCAGAUGUUAAGGUAUUUUUUUUAUGGGUCAUGCUAACAUGAGAAGUUGUAACUGAAAUUUUUGUGUGAUUUUAUGUUAAAUUGAGAAGCUCUUUUAGCAUCCACUCAAGGAUCUGUUAUGUUGCAAGAAUUUUUGAAACUACUCACAAGGGUACACAAAAAGCAUUCAAACAGAUUAAAUAUAUGCAAAGGGUAAUAGAAUUAUGUUUUUUGUUAAUUCAAAUUUUUAUGCCAGCUGACCCUAUUAUUGUUAUCUUUAAAGUUCAUGUACAGUGUAGAAUUGUUAGGCCACACAAUAAUGACACGCUAUUUAAAUCUGGUGUAAAUAUGUACAUAACUGACUGGUUUAUGUUUUAUAUGGUAUUUUUCAGGUGACCAACUCUGUCAUUGAAUGAUCAAGCCAUUCUGUUAAAUCCUGUGAAAUUCAGUGCUUGUACUUAUACAUAUAUAUAUAUACAUACAAAUAUAUAUAUAUAUUUAUGGAUAUUAAGUCUGUUAUUAUGCUAUUGUUCUCAGAUCUGGUUGUCUCUGUAGAGUUUUUGACUCCAGCAGCAGUUGUAGUGCUUUACAGAAUCGUAAGAGGAAAUACACUAGUCUCUGUCGUACAGUGCUGCUUUCUGUAAAUUACCCUCCACAUGUUUAGUGUAAAUGGCAGCCUGCUCAGUAGAUUGUGGAGGUACAUUCUCAUUGCUGCUGAAAAGCUGAUCGCUGAAAGAAUAAAUUUAUCCAAUGAACAAAUGAUUGCCAGUGCUCAACAGUAAAUGGGCUAUCAGCCAAGAGUGCUGGAGCUGUUAAUUUCUAACUACUGGCAUGUAGUUUGGGUCAUAUGUAAUUAAAAAAAAACAGUGAAAACUACAUUUAUGGUAGUAUUUUUAUGGGCAAAUCAAAAUUCAAGUUUAUUCUAAGGCAAUGUUACGAGUCAUAGUAAAGCUACAGUUCCAAAUGAUUUACCUCCCUUUAG